UCACUUUCAAUUCAUCGAUGUCAUUACCCCUCCCGAAGGUGCAUGCAAAAUACAUCAAUGGCAGAUUCCGCAACCUCUUCGCUACUUGUAAUAUUAUUACUAGUUUCAUCAUUGCUAUGCAUAUGUUCCUCGCAAGGAAGUACUAAUUCCUUGCGCGUCACACUGACACACAUCGAUGCCGACCGAGAUGAUCUUUCCCCGCUGCAAAUCAUCAAACGAUCUAUCCAACGUGGGAAGCAACGACACCGCCAAUUUCUUAACGGAUUGCUGAUGAGCACGCAAGCCUCCAGUGGCCUCCGAACGCCGGUUGAGGGCGGUGACGGAGAGUUUCGCAUGGGCUUGUCAAUUGGGACCCCGCCUGUGCCUUUCCUUGCGAUAAUGGACACAGGUAGUGACCUGAUAUGGACACAGUGCAAGCCAUGCACGGCAUGUUUCAAGCAACCGACCCCAAUUUUUGACCCUGCGCAAUCUUCUUCCUUUGCCAAUGUCAGCUGCUCUAGUCCAUUGUGCAAGAAAUGGGCCGAUACAAAGUGUGGGAGUAGCUGUCUGUACUCCAAUUCCUACGGGGACGGAACGUCGACAGAAGGGUUUCUAGCGACGGAGACUUUCAACUUUGGAGGGUCUGACAGCGAAUCUUCUGUCCCAGAUCUAGGAUUUGGGUGUGGGGUGAACAACGGGGGCCCGGGGUUGAACGAUGGUGCAGGGAUAGUGGGACUCGGUCGUGGACCUUUGUCCCUGGUGUCACAACUUCAUACACGACAAUUCUCUUAUUGCUUAACGUCGAUCGGCGGCACCAAUGGCAGCAGCAGUCUUUUUAUCGGAUCUGCACCAUCCAGCGUGCAAGUCUCGAAUGCUAGUACCACCCCAUUGCUACAAAACCCAGUUCUACCGACAUUCUACUACAUAUCUCUUGUAGGCAUCAGUGUGGGCCGAAAUCGCCUGCCCAUUCCGCCAUCGUGGUUCCAGUUAACCAGCGAUGGAAGUGGGGGCUUAAUCGUGGAUUCCGGAACCACAGUCACUCUUUUAACCGAAGAGGCCUACAAUGUGCUGAGGAGAUAUUUUUUGGCAGAAACGAAACUUGCAUUGUCGGGCUCAGACAAUUCUGGAUUGGAUCUUUGCUUUGAGAUUCCAAAUGGACGUGCUAAACAGAUUGAAGUCCCUGAACUGACAUUUCAUUUCGAGGGGCUAGAUUUGGCCCUGCCUCCAGAGAACUACAUGAUUGUGGACGAGAAGAUGGGGUUGGCAUGCUUGGCUAUGGCCCCGGCAGGUAGUUUUUCAACCUUUGGGAACAUUCAACAACAGAAUAUGUUGGUUAUCCAUAACCUCGAACAGAAGACCAUGUCAUUUAUUCCCACUGAUUGCGGUAAACUGUAGGUUGUUGCCGCAUCAUGUGUCGAUCGAUUUCUGCAUGCCGUAUGCUGCUGUUUCAACAAGGUUUUGUUUUUGUUUUUGUUUUUUUUCAAAUAAGUUGCCUGUGUGCAUAGAGAAAAGUUGUUGCUUGGGUAAACCAAAAAUAUUCUUUCCUCCAAUCCCAAAUCAAUCGCCUAGUUCUAAGAUUUUUGUCUUUUUUUUACGUUUUGGUUUUUUUAUCGAUGAUAAGUCGUAAGACUACAAGCGUGUAAUGCUCAUGCGAUGAAGAUGAGCCAUGAAUGUCUAAUGAGUGAAGCAAUGUAUGGCACCCUUUGCUUUGAGUAAGAACUUGAGGCUAUUUUGAUC